AUGGAAGCGGAAACCAACUCAGCAAUUGAACACCACAAGAAACCAACAUUGGCGCAUUUCUCUAUCGAAGACCUCAGUCCAACAGAUUGGCAAGCCGAACACGAGCGUAUGCGUGCCGCACUCGGUGAUGAGGCCUACCUGACGCUUCGAAGAUCUGAGCUCAAGGAGAAGAUGGAUAGUAUCAUUGAAUUGAUCAAUGCUGGUCAAUGGCAAUUGCCUCCUGUCACAGGUAGUCAGCAACCCGAUCGUAUCGGUGUGGCUAACAGAGAGUUUCGCGUUGGGGUUUCACAAGGCGUUCCUGAGGAGGUUACUGAAGCAAUGUUUGCGAUGCUGGAUGAUCUACAUGAGGACUACGAAAUUCCUGAGGAGUGGCUGGAGUUUGAGGUUUCUGAGGAGGAACUAGACAGAGAAGAAAGGCAGACAUACAUGGACUGGGUACAGAGAGAGGAGGAACAAAGGCUCAAGGUUCUGAAUGGCAAGCUUUCUGUCAGGGAUAUCGGCAUCGAAUGCUUAUUGCCAGAGAAGCAAGAAGCGGGCAUGGGCGAGACUAGAGAGUGA